AUGUCUGAUUAUCAGUCCCAGUACCAUCAGGCAGUGUUUGUUGCACAGUUGAGUGCAAACAGCAUCCUCAGUUGCCUAUACAGUGGAGGAAAUCUGUUAGUGAAAGGAAACUGGAGUCUUGGGGAUGGGAGAGCGGGCAAGGGAAGAGCAAGUAAUCACCAAAUCUACAUAUAUUCUCUCUCUUUCCAUUUCCAUUUCUUCCCAGAAUGUUAUACAGCAAAUGGGGCUGAUUACCGUGGCACUCAGAACCAGACCUCCCAACACGCAGGGAAGCCUUGUCUCUUUUGGAAUGAGACCUUUGAGCACCCUUAUAAUACUUUGAAAUAUCCCAAUGGGGAAGGAGGGCUCGGUGAGCAUAACUACUGCAGGAACCCUGAUGGAGAUGUCAGCCCAUGGUGCUACAUUGCAGAGCACGAGGAUGGAAUAUAUUGGAAAUAUUGUGAGAUUCCAUCCUGCCGAAUGCCAGGGAAUCUGGGCUGUUACAAGGAUCAUGGAGAGCCACCUACUUUGACGGGCACCAGUGAGACCUCCAAUAAACUUACUAUCCAGGCAUGCAUCAGUUCCUGCCGAAGUCAACAAUUUAAGUUUGCAGGCAUGGAAUCAGGUUAUGCCUGUUUCUGUGGAAAUAACCCUGACUACUGGAGAUACGGGGAGGCAGCCAGUACGGAAUGCAACAGUGUUUGCUUUGGAGACCAUACUCAGCCUUGUGGUGGGGAUGGCAGAGUCAUUCUUUUCGACACCCUUAUUGGUGCCUGUGGAGGGAAUUACACUUCUGCUACAGCUGUGAUCUAUUCCCCAGAUUUUCCUGACACAUAUGGCACAGGCAAAGUCUGUUACUGGACCAUACAAGUCCCAGGAGCAUCUCAAAUCCUCUUCAGCUUUGUCCUUUUUGAAAUCAAAGAUGCUACAGACAUGGUGGAAUUGCUGGAUGGCUAUACCUAUCAUGUUCUAGCUCGUUUUAAUGGGAAGAAUCGGCCUCCCCACACUUUCAACAUCUCCUUGGAUUUUGUUAUUUUGUACUUUUUUUCAGAUGAAAUCAACCAAGCCCAGGGAUUCGCUAUCAGAUACAGAGCUGUGAAGGACAAUGUGCAUCAGAACAAGAUUGCAGCAAAUCAGACCCUUUCAGAGAAGAGAAAUGAACACACAAAUUUCAGCAUCAACGCAGCUCGGUCAUCAAAGAUACUUUAUGUCAUCACGACCAGUCCAAGCCAUCCCAGCAGCUCCAUGCCUGAGUGGACAAUAUACAGUCUCACAGCACUGCUCAUUCUAAGCGUUACGGCCAUAUUGGCCAAGAUAUUUCUCCAUGUUGCCAUGAAAUCCCAUCAGAUCCCACCUGCAAAUGAAAUAGAGGAUUCCAGUGAGGUUACUGCUGCUGGAGAGAUCUGGAGUAUAUUCUAUCGGCCAUCCACAUCAAUAUCCAUCUUCAAGAAACAGCUGCGAAGCCAGCAAGACGAUUGCAAUCCACUGGUGGGAAACUGAAGUGUCUUUUAUUUUACAGGAACCAAUCUUCUUAAAAUCCAGGUGAUUUGGGAAUAACCCUUUUUUUUUUUUCCCCUCCCGCUCUCAUACUUGUCUUCCAAAAAGUCAAUUCCCAAAGUCCUUUGUGUGACUUUGUCUGUCUGCUGUUCUCUUUUGUAUACUGGUGGCAAUGGAUUUAAGUGAUGCAAUAAUUUUCAAAUAUCUGGAGCUCAUCAAAUCUGCAGUGCUGUCAAUUACUGCGAGAAGAAAGCAUUCCCCUGCCUGUGAAAUUAAAACAGAGCUACAUUUUUAAGACUAAUGCCCUUAAUUGCCAAAGAACUGAAACAUCAGUGGGGAUUUGAUCUGCGGAAUAAUUUCUCUUUGAUUGCAACAGACAGCAUUAACUAUUUUUUCUCUUUGGUAGAAGAUCUGUUCACCUACAGUGCUGACUUCUCAUCCCACCACUGGGGAUCAGCAGUGAGUGUGUCAGCCUCAGCAAGUCCAGCCCUGUAGAUACUUAAGAAAACAAUGACAGGUCAGAUAAGUUGUUGGGAACAGUUGGCAUUCAUGAGCAGCUCCUUCAGCUAUGGCAGAGUGAAUUCAGUGAGAGCCAUUAAAGUUCUGUAAAUCCGGUUAGGACAAAGGGUGUAAAUAUGAGUUUAAAUAUCCUGCUGCUCGUAGCAGACAGGUGGGCAUGCAGACACUGCUCAGUGUCUCUGCCAAGGGUAACGGAGACGAGCGAGAAAACCGUCACUGAGUUUACAUUCAGUAUCCGCCCUCCUGUUAUCGACAUCGAAAGCUUCUCCCCUCAUGAGGACUGUAGAUUUCAUUGAAGGAAACGGGGCAUUUAAAAAUCAAACGACGACACAUUGUGCCUUGCUGCUCCGAAAGUAAUGCCUCCUGUUUCGUGGCAUCGGCGCAUUUGUGGCUGAUGGUGGUGGUACGGCAGCAGAGGUUGAAACUUCCCACCAAUAUCCCAUUCCAUUGCUGAGUGACAGAUGGCAGCAGAGGGGCACUCUGACAGGAUGGUGUCUGAUGUGGAAGUGUGUAUAAAGCAAAGGUGUAUCAAUGAAUUCUUCCACGCAGAAAAAAAUGGCCCCCCAUUGGCAUUCAUAGAUGCUUGCUGAACGUUUAUGGAGAUCCAGCAGUGGAUGUGAGCACAGCGAGGGGUGGGUGGUGCGUUUCAGCACAGCAGCACUGGGUCACUUCCGCUGGUGCAGGCUUUUAUGUGCACGGCGUGCAGGCUCUUGCUCAUCACUGGUGAGAAUGCAUAGUUAAUAGUGGCGACUAUGUUGAAAAAUAGUGCUUUGUAGCUGAGAAUUUCCUCUGUCAAAUUGUGCUAUCGUGCUCUUUGUAUCUGUUGUAGUUUGUAUGGAAAUAAAUAGGAGGCACUACUUUCAGAGCAACCUACAUAGAUCUAGACUUUGCCUGAACUGAAUCAAUUCCAGCUCCAUUUAUGCACCACAGAUGAGUGCCAGAGACAGCUGAACGAUUGCACAAUAAGUGCUUAAUAGAAACAGAACUUCACUAAGCCAGCAAUUAUGGAAUUGUUUAUAUCAAAAGUAGAAUAUCAUGGAAGCAGCUAGUAAUUUCUUGCAUAAGCUAUUGGAAAGGUUACAGGAAAAGUUAACACAGUAUUGCCAACGAUUAAGACAGCAAGAAUUGUAAAGUAUGUUGGUUCUCUCUUACAUGUUGGACUAAAAGACAUUGACUCUUUCAGACUUAACAAGACAUUGAAAAUUGCCUUCUUAACAGUCAGUGUUUACAAAGACCUGUAGCAAAACAGUUUGCUUUCUAUCUGUGCUUAGUCUGGUUCACUAAUGGAAAGCAGAGAGUCAGAGAAUAAAAUCAGAUCCCAAAGAAUUAUGCUAUGAGCACAGCAUGAGGAAGCUUUGCCUUCUUUUCUUACCAAAAAUUCAGCAGUCUAACCAGUGCAGUCAGAGGAAAAUUCAUAAAGCACGUAAUUAAUGCCAAUAACUUGAAAGAGUACCCAGUGACUGAUUUCUACUGCAAAAGGACGGACAAAACAGUUUUUACAUCUCUUCACGCUUCAGUGGUACAGUUGUAUGUGGCCGACGUAAAUGGUACACAUUUAAAUGGCACUUUGCUAUAAGGGGUUAGGAGAAGAAGAAAAGCCUGACAUGCACAACUGUUAUAAUCCCACAUGAUUCAGCACACAGAAAUGCCUCUAUGACACCGGCAGCUGACAGCUGCCCUGAAUACCACGUUAGCGUUUGCAGCAUUGACUUCAACAAACAGAAAAUGACUGCAGAACAGGAAUUUGUUUGGACUUUUACCUGAACAGCCUUUCGAGCUCUUACCCAGCAGUUCCCUCAGUAGUUUGGACAGGCUGCAAAUACAGCGUUGGGUCACAGCUUCAAAUGCUUUGACAACAAAACCAUCACAAUGAACCAUCUCUCAUGCAUUCCAGCCCCUGUCCUGGUGCCUUCCUCCCUGUGUUGUGCUGCAAUGGUUGGCUACAUGGUGAUGCAAUAUGCUGUUAUAAUUACCAUAGCUUUUUCUUCUUGAGGUUAGGGUAGAGUAGGAUAGCAUAGUGUGGGGUGGGAUAGGAUGGAAUGAUCAAAUGGAAUAAUAGAACAGGAGAAUAGAAUAGAUCAGUUGGAAGGAACCUGCCAAAGAUCAUCAAGUCUUCACGGCAGACCAAUAGUUAGAGCAUAUUGUUGAGGGCAUUGACCAAAUGCUUCUUGAGCACUGACAGGCAUGGGGCACCAGCCAGCAUUGCCCUCCCUCAGAUACUUUCAAGGACCUUAACAUCAUUUUUAUAUUGCGGAGACCAGAAUCAUAUACGGUAUCCAAGGUGAGGCAUACUGUAGCUAAACAGCAGGAGGAAUCACCUCUUUUGACAGGCUGGCUCUGCUGUGUUUAAUGCACCCCAGAAUGUGGUUUGCUCUCUUGGCUGCUACCACGGCCAUGUGGAGAAGCAGCCAUAGGACUGAGGGUGCACCAGAAAUAGGAGCAGUGAGCACUUUGCUGGUACCCCAGCACUGCAUUUUGUGAAGCUGCCUCCUAACUGUGUGCAAGAAGUUGUGGGUGCCUCAUCCCUGGAGGCAUGCUGGGAUGGGGCCCUGGGCAGCCUGAUGUGGUGGGGGGCAGCCAGCCCACGGCUGGGGGUUGGAGCUCGGUGAUCUCUAAGGUCCCCUCCAACCUCAGCCGUUCUAUGCAGCACGUUGGUUACAGAAGUCCACAGAAUACGUGGACCUCUGCUGGCAGCCAACAGGAGAAGUGGCCUUCCCAAUUCAAAAUCUGCUUUUAAAAAUAGUUUGUUGACUAAAUGAUUUUGUACGUACUUUCGUCUUAAUGUUUUUUAAGUUGGAGAGAAAAUAGAGACUAUAACUUAAAAAAAAAAAAAAAAAGUGUGAUGUCAUAGUAAUAUAUUUAUAUAUGUAUAGGAAAUUAUUUAAUACAGGAUAUUAUGCUUGUAUCUUGCUAAUGUUUCAUAGGAAGAUGUUAGUUUACACUCUGAGAAAAAUAAAUUUUCCAUACAUUGUAAUCAUGGGAAAAAAAGACCAGAAUUUAUUGGUACAUAGGAUAGAAUGGCACUAAGAAGAGUAACUCAGCCUCUCAGUUUGGUAACGGUGAUGAAACAAUUGCUUCAGGUGCCCUUUCUUCCUUUGAAUCUCGUGUCUAGCUUGCAAUUUUAUUUGGUUGUUCAUCCAAUCCUGCUAAUUCAUGUGCAUAUACUCUUGGGACCAUCCUAACAUCCAACAUCUUCAUCUAUUUAUUCAUUUAAACAUUAACAUCAUCUGACUUGGGGCUUUAUAAUGCUGCUCAUCCAAACAACCCAACAGCACUGCACAACUAUGGUUUCUGUAGUCCAGGAUCCCCUGGAGAUGGUAUAAAUGUGAGAUUUUUACUGGAAAAUGAAGCAGCAUCCUGAAUGCAUCCAGGCCAACACACCGGCAGGCAUUGGCUGCCGCUGGGUGAGCAUGAUAAGCUGUUCCAGUUUCACCUUCUGCUCACUGAGCCUUCUCAGCCAUUGCAAAAGACUGCUAAAGAUGUUGUAGUGCACCAUUUUACCAAAUGGAAGGGUCUACUGCAAAACCAUAACUCUCAGCAAAUACCCAAUCUGACCAGCCCAACUAGUUCUUAAUAGCUUACAGAAACGUAUUUCACAAUCCUCUGAUGAAAUACACUUUAAUGAGAGUUUCACCUGAAUAUUAUCCUAGACAUUUUUGAGUAAACGUAUCAUUCUGCUAACUUGAGUGAAAAGUGGAGCCCUAUUCCUACAGCACCGCCCCCAGUACGUACGUGUAAUGCAGCUCUCAGCUUUACUGAGUGCUUGUGCUUUUCAGGAUGAAAUUUUGCAUUCCAAAAUUCAGUCUGAAAGACAAUUUACUGUAAAUCCAGGGGAUAUCCCAUGAAAUAAAUCAGACUGACAAGAAAAGAACAAAUCCUGCUUGAAAUGACUCACCGCUGAAGUAUGUGCUGUGUCUAUAUGUGGUCAUCCCGCAUUUGGCAAAUGGCUGGAAGUAACAAUUAUAAAAAAUUAAAUACAGUAGAUUGCCACGGGAGGAGCCCAGUUUGUGUUGCUGAAGUGUAGAAGAGCAUUGCAUAGCAGAGGGAGGAGCCCAAGAAAACUCUCAUUUUCUUUUAGAAACACCACUGUCACACAGGCACUGGUCUCUUCUUACACAAGAGGGGAUUACUUUGCUCUCCUUUCUUGCCAUCCAGUCUGUGAGACUCCUUUUAAACUUGCUUAUUCUGGAAACAUUUGCCUUAUUUUUUAUUUUUUCUAAGCACCAGCUUCAUUCCCGUGAGAGAAAUGUAUUCUUUACUCUGAAUGAGAUCCUUUCAUAUCAAGCAAGUCACAGAAGCGCAGGGCAUCCCUUUCCAUCAAAGAUCUGGUUUCGGGUCUAUUGUAUCCCAGACAAAGAUCUGGGCAGGCUGGCUCCAGCUUUAAGAACACAGCCACCUCCAAAAGACACUUCACCACACGAGGAACCCAUCAAAACCAAGCACUGUGUUAUACACAAACAGCUGUGCAAAACAUAAACAACCAGUACUGUCAACUGUCUGCCUUAGAAUUCAGCGCACUCCAAAUUGCUACUGCCAGAAUGAGACCGUGCUCCAGAAACACCAAGCAUUAGCAUUGUGUACAAUCUCAGUAAGAAGUAAUGCUCUUCUGAGUGAAUUCUGAGGUGACUGAAUUACAAUACACUGGAACAGGCCUAGAUGAGAGGGGGAAGAACCCUAAUCCAAAGGGUUAUCAGGUGGAAACCUUGGUGAGAUGGAAGCAACCAAAGGAGAAUGGAAUUUUUUUGUGUCACUGCAUGAAGAACACAUAACAUAUAGAGGCAAACUAUUUCAACAACAGCAUAUAUAUGUGUUUUACACGUACAUACGUGCACGGAGAUCAUUAUUCACCAGUGAUCACAUCCAAGCCAUUUUCUUCUAUGUGUUAAUAAAUGUAUUUGAUCAUAUUGUGCCCUCUGUUGACUCGAUGAGAGCAGCACAACGCUGAUUUUAACUGCAGUGGAAGCAAUGAUUUCAUGAUCCAGGGUAUGGACUUGGGUGUAGCCUAUCUGUUCAACAGACUUCUCCAUUUGUUGCAUCCAUUUGCACCGUGAUGGCUCGGGCCUCAAAGCAGUCUUAGUUCAGAACAAUAGAUGACUUUUAUCUGAAAUUAAACCACAAAUAAGUUCCCUUGCUACAGGAAACAUGCGGGUUCCAAAUAGAAAUGAGGAUGCCUUCCAGCAGGUGUGUGCCAGCUGCCAUGUGAAUUGAGGCUUCAGAGACUUGUGUGACCCUCUCACACAGCCUUCUCUCUACACAGAAGUCCAAGAACUGUCCUGGUAGUUACAGACUACAACCCUGCAGCGUCAAGCUUCAUUGCAUCUCCUUCCCCAUUUCCCACUUAAGCAGAGCACUUAACCCCAUCUUUUCUACAGCACGCUUUGGUGCACUACGGUCUCAAUCCUCCUCUCUUCCUUCUAUCUACACCUUUGCCCUCCCUUCCUUUGUAACCUGUAACAUCUAACUUCCUCCUUCUUAACAGCAAGAUCUGCCAGCUGUGAGCAGGGACACCAAACAGCAGGCACUGAGACUGCUGGAGACACAAUUAGGAAGGAGCUAAAAUCAAGUAGCGGCCUUACACUGAGCAUAACGCCCAGUAAAAAACUGAUUUAUUUUGUAUACUCCAGUGUGGCACUUACCUGAAAGUUGAAUGGUCCUGGGACAGAAUAUUACGGGUUGUCUCCAAAGGGGAAAAAAAAA